UACGUAUGCCCACAGGCCGAAAUAAACAUCUUACAUCCUGUUUUCUCAAAGAGCCACAACAAAAGAAGGUAUCUCAGUUAAAAGGAGUCUUUUAAUAAACCAAGUCUGACCCAAUAUCCAAACCCAAGUCUCAGACUUGGGUACCCAAACCCAAACCCAAGUCCAGACUUGGGUUUGGGUUUGUAACAUACCUAGUAGCUACAAGCGCUUUUAUAGUCGCUUUACGCGCCAUCUUUUAAAAAUACUAAUUAAAAGGCCUAACGACAGAAGUUUGCUGAUAGCAGUUUUUAAAUAUUCUAAGAGUUACCUAUUCAUUCAUUUUCUCUAAAACAGUGCGAAUAUUUUGCACCUAGUUUUCAUAUGCUGAUAACACAUAAAAAUAAGAGAAAUCAGAGCAAAAAAAGUACAUAUUCAGAAUGGAGAAAAAAAUGGGAUAACAGAAUAAAAAGCGCUAGUUUCCAAGCAAAAACAGGUUUUCAUUGCUUUUUCAAAAACUAAGAGUUGUCCAAGAAAAGGGGUAGCAUAUCUAGAAUUCUCACUGACGUCAGUUGAUGUAUGCUGUUCCCUUAAAAACCAUCCAUAAGGCAAAGUGACAUGUUUUUUUUGCUAUGAAACAUGAAUCAUCAACUAAAUAAACAACAAUACAUGAACGAUAAUUCAUUUCUUUUAUAAAAUAUCUUUCAGAUAAUAUUCAAUGAAAACUUUCGCUUAUUUAAACACAUUUUUAAUUUUAUUAUCAUUUGUGACAUUAAAUAAACAGUGGUUUCGAACCAAAACAGUAUUCACAAUAUCUAAGGGAUUGUCCAAGAUGCAAGACACAAGUCGAAGUUUUUGUACAUAGAUUAGAUUCAGUUGUAUCUAGUUUAUCCUAUGACUAUAGUUAUUUUGAUUUUUGCGAAGUCAAAGAGAAUGAAAGUUCACUAACUGAAAAUUUUGAACAAGUGCUGUUCGGCAUACGACCGUCACCAUAUACAUUCAAAUUUCUUCGAAAUGAAGAAUGCAAACAAAUUUGCAUAAAAAAUUACAGUACGAAUGAUUCUAAUCAGCAAAAACUAUUAAAACGUUUAAUGAAAGGCAGUAAACUAAAUUAUCAACAACGUUGGACUGUUGAUAAUAUGCCAUUCUGCUAUAAAGACGAUCGGAUAGAUAGUGAAAAUUGUUCAUAUGGUUUCCCAAUCGGUGGUUAUAUAACAAAAAGUGGUCUAGCAAAACAUUCAUGA